AUGCCCGUGUCUAAAUCGCUAUCCAAAAUCAAGAAGAACAUGAAUGCCAACGGUAAGAAACCCACUGUUCAUCCCAAAGGUAGGAAAUUCCACCAAUUAAACAGAGCCACAUUACGUGAAGGUAAGAUUGCCUCAAAGAAAAAGGCACAUAAUGAACGUAAAUCUAAUGAGUUAUCUCGUGUGAAAUUCAUUCAAGAUGUGAUAAAUAUGGAUGAAUUCAAAGACAUACGCGCCUUCUCAAACGAUCAAACUAUUAUAUUUAUUGAACAAUUCAUCUCUAGAGAUGAUGCCGAGUUAGAUGACUUGAAAAAGAAGAGAAGAGCUAAUAGACCUCCUACUAAUAAGCAAUUGAUCUUACAAGGGAAAAGGGAUUUGGAAAUGGAGGAAUUCAAGAAGGGAUUCCUUUGUCCUGAUUUAAAUGAUGAGAAAAAUGUCGAGUUUUUAAGAAAAUGGAAUCAUAGUUUUGGGUCCAUGAGUACUUUGAAAUUAAUUAGAAUAAAUAGUAAAGGUGAAAGAGUUGCAGGGGGGAAUGUUGCUACUAUAACAGCUGACGCUAAAGAAGCUGCAGCUAAUGCAGCAGCUCUUGCGAAGGAAGAUGUGGAUAUGGAAUAA